UAUAUGAGAUUGGCGAAAGUGAAAUUCAGUCUGUGCGAAUCUGUUUUGAAUUGUUGACAGUACUUUGUUAAGGAUAUGGCCGGUCGCGAAGAAGAUGAAAGAAGAUAUCCACGCAACUUACAGGGAGUAAUGCAGUUUGCUCUUAAUCAUUCAGAUGAUCCCACGAAUUCAUCUUCCAGUGCGUUCCAGGAAAUGAGUAAGGAGAGAAGAGAAUGGCUCCAGGAAGCAUUAUCAUCUAUAGCUGAGGACACAGAUGUCAAAAGAAUGAUGAAAUAUUUACAAAUUUUGGAAAAACCUUGUGACACAAAUAAUGCUGAUGAUGACCUUGGGGAGAAGGAAGAUGCAUUUGAGGAAUUGUCCAUGAUUGUUGAAGAUUUAGAUAAUGCAAACGAUUUUCACAAGAUUGGAGGCUAUCAGGUGAUGAUUAAAUGCCUCUCAAGUGAACACAGCUCUUUAAGAUGGAGAGCAGCUGACAUUUUGGCAGUGUGUGUUCAGAAUAAUCCAUAUUGCCAAAAGGCAGCAAUGGAAAUGAACAUCCUUCCAACACUUACUUCUUUGCUUGAAACUGACCAGUUGGAUCAAGUGAGAAUCAAAGCUUUAUAUGCAAUAUCAGGUUUAACAAGAGAUUUUCCCAAAGCUGAGGAGGCAUUUUUAAAAGAUGAUGGAGUUUCGAUGUUAUUUCGAACAAUGCAAGCAGAAAAUGAAAAACUGAUAACCAAGUCUGCCUUCAUGACAAGGAAUUUGCUGAUGACAAAUCCUACACUUAAAGAAACUCUCUUCAAGAUGGGCCUUACUGAGCAGCUUGUUGGAUUAUUACGAGGUCCUCAGAAUUCCUCUCGAGCACAUGUAAUAAAUCUGUUCAAGACCUUUGUGAUGGAUUAUCCACCAGCCAUAAAUGACUGCCAAAGACCUGAAUUUGAUUUGGAGAGACUUCUGUCAUCUAUAAUUACAUCCAGUAUGGAAGAUGACCCAGAUGCACACGAGGAUAUGAUCCUUAAUUGCAAGGAAUUGCUGAAUAUUUGCUUCAAAAAAUAGAAACAUUCUCAGCCCAGCUCUGGAAGUAAUUUAAGAUGGUUUACUGUAAAAUAAACUAAGUUCCAAUCCGCACUCCUCUCAAAUUUGUUUUUGUUAAUUAGCUCUCAUGUUUUAAUAAGUAACUCCUAAGUAAACACUUUCAUUCCAGUAAGUGCCCUGUACCAUUAAGCACCCCUUAUUCCACUAAGCAUCAAUAGAAGUGCCCCUAUUCUGUUGUGUGUGGCAUUUUUGUAGUUUUCCCUGUAUUUGAAUUAAGUUAUUAAAUUGAAUAAAGUAGUCAAAUUAGCAUUGUUCUACAAAUUAGGUUGUUUUUGUGACAGUAGAUUUGAGAUGUGGAAUGAAAUAGCAAUGCACAAAUAAUUGUUGGUGGAAAAUGUCAACUGUUUAUGUGAUGUAGGCCUGAUUAACAACAACUGAUCACAUGCCCAGAUUCAACUCUGCAAAUAAAUUCAUUAAGUAUAUAUGACACAAGUGAAUAGUCCUUUUUGGACUCACAGAUUGGCUGGUUCCAAAGUGAAUAGCAAGUACUAUUCACCUCUGGGUAACUGAAGAAACAAAACCAUGUGUCAAGAGUUUAAUUUCCAACCUUUUGCAGUAUACUGAGAGAAAUAAACUAAUUUUUUUGGCA